UUUUUAUACACGUAUAUGAUGGCACAGGAAGCACAAGUCAACCUAUAAGAAAAAUCUAUUGGAAUGGCGCCCUAAUUCACACAGCCUCUGCAAGCAACCCGCCGCGGAAAACCCCUCUCUGUCGCUCUCUUCCCUUCUAGACGCAGCAAACAGAUAUCACUUAGCAUACGCAUGGGGAAGAAGCGAAAGCAUAGUGAAACUGAGGUUUCGGGACCAAAGAAAGAAGAAAGUGCUCUAGAGCGGCCUCAGCGCACACUCCUUGGAUGGAAAGAUGAAGCUGAAGUGAAAGAAACUGAGCCUCAUGGUUUUAGGAGCAAAGAGAAGGUUUUGGUCACUUGCUCUCGUCGCAUCAAUUGCAGAUAUCGGCACUUGAUGUUGAAUGUGGUGUCUCUCUUACCUCAUUGUAAGAAGGAUAAUAAGGUUGAAUCCAAAAGUAGUAAAGGCAUGGCUCUUAAUGAGCUUGUUGAGCUGAAGAGCUGCUCUUCUUGCUUAUUCUUCGAGUGCAGGAAACAUAAAGAUCUGUAUUUAUGGAUGGCCAAGUGCCCUGGUGGUCCAUCAGUGAAAUUUUUAGUUAAUGCUGUGCACACGAUGGAAGAACUAAAGCUUACUGGAAAUCAUUUAAAAGGGUCGCGACCUAUCUUGACUUUUUCUGCUAAUUUUGAUAAAGAUGCCCACUGGAAACUCUUGAAGGAAAUGUUAAUGCAGAUAUUUGGCACGCCAAAGGAGCACCGGAAAUCUAAGCCUUAUCAUGACCAUGUCUUUGUUUUCUCUAUUGUUGAUGAUCAUAUCUGGUUCCGUAAUUACCAGAUAUCUGUUCCUCAUAAUGAAUCAGAUAAAGUGGCUCGAGGAGGCCUCGAUAAGAUGACGCUUGUUGAGGUGGGACCACGAUUUUGUUUGAAUCCUAUAAAGAUUUUUGGUGGCAGCUUUGGAGGCCCAACACUCUAUGAGAAUCCAUUAUACAUAUCACCUAACCAGAUUCGAGCAUUGGAGAAAAGACAGAAGGCUGGGAAGUAUGCGACGAAAGUCAAGGCCAAGAAGAGGAGGAAAAUGCAUGAGAUGUCAAAUCCUUUGGAGCCUGAUGAAUUUGCAGACAUGUGGAGGGAAUGAUUGUUCUUGUUUUUCCCCCAAAUCAGUUUUGUUAGUUUACUUAAGCACAUUGUAUCCAGCAUUAAGUUGGCUUAUUUUUCUGUGUUGUUUGCUUGAACAUUGGAAAUUUUCCUUGUUUGAAUGGUAAUUAAAUUAUAAGUUACAGCAA